AUGGAGAGUUUUAAGAAAGAACGGGAAAUAAUUAGAAAACACUUCAUGAAAACGUGUGCAGAGAUUGACCUAAAAAUAAACGACAAGGAACGGAACAAAGACGACGUGUUAUCCCUUUUAAGACAAUUAGAAGACAAGGGUGACAGAUUAUUCGCCUUAGAUGAAAACAUCAGAGGUAUUAUACUUACUGAUGGAGCAAAAGAUGAAGAUUUAGAAGAGGAGUUUGACAAGGUAGAAUUCUACCGAGAAGAGCUAAUAAGACAAAGAUCCAAAUAUGAAGUUAUGUUAAAGAAGAUACCUGAAGACCGAGCAGCAUCCCAGGAAUGGGGGAGUGAGAAACCCAAGAGGAAAUUUCGUCUUCCAAAAAUCGAACUAAAAAAAUUUGACGGAAAUGUCAAAAAUUGGAUAGGAUUCUGGGGACAGUUCCGAAAAAUACAUGAAGACAAAGAAAUCGAUCUCGAAGACAAAUUCCAAUACCUACUGCAGGCAACAGAAGUAGAUUCAGCUGCAAGAGAACUAGUGGAGAGUUUUCCUCCUUCAGGGGCCAAUUACAUGUUAGCUAUCGACCAGAUGAAGGCCAGGUUUGCAAAAGAUGAUUUCCUUAUCGAGGUCUAUGUGAGAGAAUUGUUGAGUUUAGUUCUUAGACAAGCAAUAGAUAAUACAGGUAUGUCACUUUCCAAUCUCUAUGAUAAGCUAGAAACACAAUUAAGGGCAUUGGAAUCUCUAGGGGUAACAAAGGAAAAGUAUGCAGCAAUGUUAUUUCCUCUGGUAGAGUCUGCAUUACCGAAAGAUACUUUAAAAGCAUGGGAAAGAUAUCGCAGUACAAAUAACUUCAACAACAUUUCAAAUCAACAUAAAACAGGGAAAGCAAAUGAAAUUAUUUGUGGUUCUGAUAAUCUAUCAUUUUUAUUAGAUUUCUUACGAAACGAAGUGGAAUCAGAAAAACGAAUAAAUUUGGCACAAUCAAGUUUCUGCAACGAACCAAUCGAGAAGAAAGGAAACGGUGGAUUAUACACAGCUGCAGCAUUAUAUUCAGCAAGUUCAAAUGACGCAGGAAAAGUUGGUAAGAAAAUUCCAUAUUGUCUUUUCUGCACAAAAUCUCACUUGAGUCAGGAUUGUCUCAAAGCUCAAAAAUUAUCUUUGGAUGAAAGAAAAACCAUUGUCAAAGAAAAGAAAGGUUGUUUCGUUUGCCUCAAACAAUACCAUAGUUGUAAACAAUGUAGAGCAUUUGUGAAAUGUAUAGUGUGUUCGAGGAAACACUAUCCUAUAAUGUGUCCAAAUUUAGAAAUGAAAAAAGGAAAAAAGGAUGAUGAAAAUAAGGAAGUCGAAAAUAGUUUAACUUGUAAUUUAUCAAAUACAGUUUUAUUGCAAACAGUUAUUGUAAGGAUUCAUUUCGAAGGAAAAGAAAAAAUAGUUAGAGCGUUAUUAGAUUCUGGUUCUCAAAGAUCCUAUAUUCUAUCUAGAAGCGCAGAAGAAAUGAAGUUAAGGAAAAUCGACAAUGAAACUAUAAUACAGGGUGUUUUUGGAGGGCAGCAAUCUCAACCAGAAGUUCAUAAGUUGUUUGAAGUUACAAUCAAAAAUAUUGAUAACACACAUGAAUUUAAACUCAGUAUAUUGAAUCAAGAUAAAAUAUGCAAUUAUCUUCCACGUAUCAAUGAUUCAUCCUGUAUUAACUAUUUAAAGCAAAGGAAUAUUGAAAUCCACGAUAGUUAUAUGUCAAAUGCUCCAUAUGAAAUCGAACUAUUACUAGGAGCAGAUAUAUUUGGUCAUUUAUUAACUGGUAGAAAACAUUGUCUCAAUGGUGGUCUUGUAGCUGUCGAAACGUAUUUGGGGUGGACACUCAUGGGACAGUACGACGCAAGUAACCGAAAUAUAACUUUAUUUUCUGGGUUUUCUAACUUUACAAUACCAGACUUAUGGGACUUAGAGUUAUUGGGGAUUAAAGAUUCGGCACAAGUAAAAUCAAAUGAUAUACUAGAAGAGCAAGCUUUAAUCCAUUUUUAUGACACAAUUACAAUAAAUGAAGAAAAAAGAUAUGAAAUCAGAUUACCUUGGACUCAAGAUCAUUUGAAUAUUUUGGACAAUAAGGAAAUGGCUCUUAGUAGAUUAAAGUCCAAUACGAAGAGAUUGAUGAAUUUGAAUAAAUUUGAUGAUUAUUCUAGGGUAUUUGAUGAAUGGGAGGAGUUAGGAAUUAUUGAAAAAGUGACAGACGAGAAAGCAAUAAAACGAGAAAAUUCCAUUCAUUAUUUGCCACACCAUGCAGUCAUUAAAGAAUCGAGUGCAACUACUAAAAUUCGCCCAGUAUUUGAUGCAUCAGCUAGAGACAAAAAUGGCAAUUCUUUAAAUAAUUGUUUAGAAAAGGGUCCAAAUUUUUUAGAAUUAAUCCCAUCAUUAUUAAUAAAAUUUCGUAUCAACGCAAUAGGCAUAAUUUCUGAUAUAGAAAAGGCGUUCUUACAGAUAAGCAUUCAACCAGAAGAUAGAGAUUAUUUAAGAUUUUUCUGGUGGAAAAAUAAUAAUUCAGAAAAUGAACCUCAGGUAUACAAGCAUUGCAGAGUAGUGUUUGGCGUCAAAUCCAGUCCAUUUAUUUUGUCAGCUACAAUUGGUUAUCAUUUAGAUAAUGUUGCAUUACAGUUUAAAGAGACGGCGGAAAAGUUGAAAAACUCAUUUUACGUAGAUAAUUGCGUUUCAAGUGUAAGAAAUGAAUCAGAAUGCGCAAAAUUCAUCGAAGAAGCAACAUUUAUUAUGUCGUCUGCAAAGUUCAACUUACGAGGAUGGGUAUACAAUAAACAAACAUCUGAAGAAAUUUCUGAUCAAGUAAACGUAGUUGGGGUACUAGGAUUACUUUGGAAUAUACAGGAGGAUACAUUAUUUUGUGAUAUCCAUAGCAUGACUAAUUCCCAACUUAUAUUAACUAAAAGAAGUCUGCUAUCAGUGGCACAGAAAAUUUUUGAUUCAAUAGGUUUCUUGUGUCCAGUAUUACUGAUUCCCAAAUUAUUAUUACAAGAUUCUUGGAAGAUGAAUAUUGAAUGGGAUCAAGAAUUGCCAAUUGAAAUAUCCCAAAAAUUUCAAUACUGGACAAAACAAUUGGAAUUAUUGAUUUAUUGUAAAAUUCCAAGGACACUUUGUCAAAAUUCAAAUUUAGAGGAUUCUUCAGACUCAACCAUCCACGUAUUUUGUGACGCUAGUAAAUACGCAUACGCAAGUUGCAUAUUUCUUAGAGCUAUUAUUAAUGGAGUAACGUCAGUCGGUAUGAUUCUGGCUAAAUCUAGACUAGCUCCAAAAAAUAUCACUUUACCUAGGCUGGAAUUGUUAGCGGCCUUAUUAGGUGUUAGAUUAUACAGAAGUGUUGCAAAAAUAAACGAACUUCGUGAUAUUAGGACUUAUUUUUGGAGUGACUCAAUGGUGGCUUUGACCUGGAUCCGAACGAAAGGACAGUGGAAAACGUUUGUAGAAAACAGAGUGAAAGAAAUAAGAUUAUAUACAAAAACUGAUGAUUGGUAUCAUGUUCCAGGCAAAAUCAAUCCAGCAGACAUAGCUUCUAGAGGAUGUAGUGCCAAAACUUUGCUGGAAACUAAGUGGUGGUUUGGUCCAACAUGGUUAAAGAAGAAUCCGGAAGAAUGGCCUCAUACAGAAAUCAUUUGUCCAGAAGAAGUGAACACAGAAAAGAUGAAGACAACACAAAUUCUCAUAUCAAAAAUGAUUUCAACGACUGAAAAGUUUCAAUACUUUUCAAAAUACUCCAAAAUUUUGAGGAUGAUCGCAUGGAUUUUGAGAUUUGCAUUCAACUCUAGGCCAAGAAAUUCAAAAAUAUCCGGAGAAAUCUCAUAUGAUGAAAUUAGUGAAGCAGAAACCAGAUUGCUGAGAAUGAUACAAGAAGAAGUUUUCGGUCAUGAUGUUGAUUCCUUGAACUUGGAGAUAUUCCAAGACGAGAAGAAAACAUGGAGGAUAAGGACAAGACUCGUUCUGGGAGACUUCGAAGAGAAUUUUAAAUAUCCUAUUCUACUUCCUAGUAAGCAUGUUUUGGUACAUAGACUCAUAGAAGAAUAUCACAUACUGAAUUGUCACACAGGAGUUCAAACAUUGUUGAGUAUUCUCAGGGAGAAAUUUUGGAUAUUAAAAGGUAGAAAAACUGUGAGGCAAGUUAUUUCAAAAUGCUUUGUAUGUAAAAGAUAUACUAGUAAAGCUAUAGAGACACCUUUUGCUCCCCUACCUAAAAACAGAAUAACAUGUGGAACAGCUUUCAGUGUUGUAGGUAUAGAUUUAGCUGGACCUCUGUACCUUAAAGAUAAAACGAAAGUAUGGAUAGUCUUAUUCACAUGCGCAGUUUAUAGAGCCAUCCAUUUGGAACUAGUUGAUUCUCUUUCAACCGAAUCAUUUAUUUUAGCACUUAGAAGAUUUUCAGCUCGUAGAGGAAGAGUUUCCACUAUUUACUCAGACAAUGGUGGUAAUUUUGUUGGCGCAUUUAAUCUAUUGCAAAAAAUCGACUGGAAUAGGGUAUCUACAUAUGCCUCAGUGCAUAAAAUAAAAUGGAUUUUCAAUGCACCAACUGCUGCCUGGUGGGGAGGAUGGUGGGAACGUAUGGUUCGCAUUGUUAAAGAUUUACUGAGAAAGAAUUUAGGCAAAGGAUUGGUUAAUUAUGAAGAAUUACUUACCCUUUUAUGUGACUGUGAAGCUGUUAUAAACAAUAGACCCUUAACCUAUUUAUCCGAUGAUCAAAAUUAUUUGACCCCUUUAACACCUUCAAUGUUUAUCAAUGACGUGACCAACAGUGACAUACCUGAAUUUGAUGAAAUAGACAGAAGCAGUUUGAUCAGACGGCGAAGAUACAUCCAAGAACUUCGGGGAGGAUUGAGAACACGCUUUAAAAAAGAAUAUUUUGCAGAACUGGUCAACUCUGGUCGACGAAAGCCACGUCAAUUGAAAGUAGGCGACGUGGUUCUGAUUGGUGAGGAAAAUGUGAAACGGACAGACUGGAACAUUGGAAGAGUUUUAGAAGUGUACCCUGGAAGAGAUGGAGUUUCGAGAGUGGCGAAGGUGAAAACAAAAACUGGCGAACUCUUGAGACCUUUCCAACGUUUAUACACCUUGGAGAUCAACGAUUCCACGAGUUUAAAAGAAAAUCAAACUGACCCACCAAAAUUGAAGAAUGUAGAAGAUGAAGUGACAAAUUUAGAGGGAAGCCGAAGGAAUAGAGAGGAAGAGGAGAAAAUCAAAAUUACGAGAAGAGGACGUGUGGUGAAACCACCUGAUCGUUAUGGUUAUCAAUAA